UAAUCAUAAAAGAAAUAGGGAGAAUCCGUUUCAUUUCGCAAUGUAGUUUUGUUAUUGAAAAAAUGAAAAACAAUGUUAUUCUUGUCAUUUUAUUGAACAUAACGUUUCUGGUGGUGGCGAAAAGGAUAAAAAUUGAGUGCCCAUCUUAUUGCUCGUGCGAAACACAUUUGAAUCUCAAAAAAGCACAAUGUGUCAACAGAACCAUAGUAGUGGCAGAUUUAGAUUUACCUCCACAAACUCAAAUUUUGGAUGUAUCUUUCAAUCAAAUAAGCCAGCUGAAAGAAAAUGCUUUUUUUAAAAACAAGUUAUUGCAACUACAGUUGCUGAACAUGUCUCACAACAGAUUAGGAGAAAUAAGCAUAUUCGCUUUCAAGGGCCUCAAAAAACUCAAAGUUCUGGAUCUUUCACAUAACGGCAUUCAGCAAAUUUACUCUCAAUGGUUUGAAGUUCUGAUUCGUCUAGAAUAUCUUUACCUAAAAGGAAAUCAUUUCGGUGAUAUGUCCAAAUUGCAGAGGCAUGCUUUCAAUUCUGAAAAACUAAAGGUAUUAGAUCUGAGUGAAUCUUAUAUAACUUUCAUCAAUGGGAAAAUAUUCAAUUUACCUCAGUUGAAUUAUUUGGAUUUAUCUUCAAAUAAACUGAUUUCCUUAAAUCAAGAAGUUAUAAUUCCACUCAGAAACUUGAAGAUUUUCAACAUGAAAGAUAACUUACUAGCCUGUAAUAAAGAAAUGAUUAAUCUGAAAAAAAGCCUCGACUCCAAAAAUAUUCGAUACGAUGAAGAUCCAUGCGAGCGAAAAAUAGGGAAAUUCGAAAAAAUGAUCAUGAAGGCUCCCACUGAAACAUACAAUGAAAAUAAUUUCUGGAUUGUGGACGAUACUCAUGAAACCCCAAAGAAAAUACCUGUAACACAAAAUCCCUGCCAAAAUAUCCAAAAAGAUAACUCCAUGAUUCAGCUAUCUGAAUUACCCUAUAGCCUUUUCAUAAUCACAGUUUUAAUUUAUGGAAUUUUAAUUGGACUUGUAUGUGGCUGUAGUGUCAAAUCUUGCAGAAUGAGGCAUAAAAUCAGACACUACAAGGGAAAAAGUACAGUUCGACUGAAACGCAUCAAAUUUUUGGAAAAUGAAGCCCAACAGCUCACAUCACAUGAAGGCUUACUGGGCACUUCUACACCAAUUUUAAUAAGAAAGUAGGCUGUGGAACUUCAGACUCCUAUUUUCAAUAAAGAACACUGAUCCAGUGAUACAAAAAUCACAAGCAAAGGAUGAAACUAAAAAAUACAACUGGGGAAGUAAUAACAAUCCAGUUCACGCUAUACUGCUGGAAUAUAUACAUCAUAUGAAUUAAACCAUCAUUUAUUAAAUGCAAGUGAUAUGCAGCAAACUGUUGAGUAGGUAAGCAGCUGUUCAUUCAGAAUAAAUUGGUUAUGAAAUUUCA